CCCCUCGCUUAUCACGUGGCCCCGCCGGUCUCGCGAGAGAGGCGGCGCAAGAAGAUGGCGGCGCCGGGGACGGAGGUGGCGGCAGCGGCGGGGGCCGCGCCGGGCCCGGGGCAGGUGACCAGUAACGGGAGCGCCGGUGGCGGAGAGGCGGCGGCGGCGGCCGAGACGCAGCGGCAGCAACCGGCUCCCAACGCCUGGCAGGUCAUCAAAGGCGUCCUCUUCAGGAUCUUCAUCAUCUGGGUCAUCAGCAGCUGGUUCCGCCGCGGGCCGGCACCGCAGGAGCAGAGCAGUGCGGGCGGGACGCCGCGAGCCCCGAGCCGAAACCUCUUCCCCAAGGACACUUUAAUGGAUCUCUACGUUUAUAUCUCGGAGCACGAGCACUUUACGGACUUCAACGUCAGCUCGGCGCUGUUCUGGCAGAAGCGGGAUCUUGUCUACGGGGACUGGACCAGCGGGGAGAACGCCGACGGGUGCUACGAACACUACGGGGAAGUUGACAUUUCGCAGAGCGUCCAGCAGAACGGCUCCAUCUACAUCCACGUUUACUUCACGAAGAGCGGCUUCCAUCCCGACCCCAGGCAGAAAAACCUGUACAGGCGCCUCGCCACGGUCCACACGUCACGAAUGAUCAACAAAUACAAGCGCCGGCGGUUCCAGAAAACCAAAAACCUCCUGACGGGUGAGACGGAGGCAGACCCUGAAAUGAUCAAGAGAGCGGAAGACUACGGUCCCGUGGAGGUCAUCUCGCACUGGCACCCCAACUUGACCAUCAACAUGGUGGAUGACCACACGCCCUGGGUGAAGGGCAGCGUGCCGCCCCCCCUGGACCAGUAUGUGAAGUUUGACGCCAUCAGCGGCGACUACUACCCCAUCCUCUACUUCAACGACUACUGGAACCUGCAGAAGGACUAUUUCCCCAUCAACGAGACCCUGCAGCGCCUGCCCUUCCGCCUCUCCUUCUGCCCGCUCUCCCUGUGGCGCUGGCAGCUCUACGCCGCCCAGAGCACCAAAUCCCCCUGGAAUUUCCUGGGAGAGGACCUCUACGAGCAGUCGGACGAAGAGCAGGACUCGGUGAAGGUCGCUCUCCUGGAGACGAACCCCUACCUGCUGGCGCUGACCAUCGUCGUCUCCAUCGUGCACAGCAUCUUCGAGUUCUUGGCCUUCAAAAACGACAUCCAGUUCUGGAACAGCCGGCAAUCUCUGGAGGGGCUUUCCGUCCGUUCCGUCUUCUUCGGCGUUUUCCAAUCCCUCGUCGUCCUCCUCUACAUCUUGGACAACGAAACCAACUUCGUGGUGCAAGUCAGCGUCUUCAUCGGGCUCCUCAUCGACCUCUGGAAGAUCACAAAGGUCAUGGACGUCCGGCUGGACCGUGAGAACAAGGUGGCAGGAGUGUUUCCCCGCGUAACCUUCAAAGACAAAUCCACCUACAUCGAGUCUUCCACGAAGGUGUACGACGACAUGGCUUUCCGGUAUCUCUCGUGGAUUCUCUUCCCCUUGCUGGGCUGUUACGCCGUGUACAGCCUGCUCUACCUGGAGCACAAGGGUUGGUACUCGUGGGUGCUGAGCAUGCUCUACGGCUUCCUCCUCACCUUCGGCUUCAUCACCAUGACCCCCCAACUCUUCAUCAACUACAAGCUGAAGUCGGUCGCCCACCUGCCCUGGCGGAUGCUGACCUACAAAGCCCUCAACACCUUCAUCGAUGACCUCUUUGCUUUCGUCAUCAAGAUGCCCAUGAUGUACAGGAUAGGCUGCCUGCGGGACGACGUCGUGUUCUUCAUUUACCUCUACCAACGCUGGAUCUACCGGGUGGACCUCACGCGCGUCAACGAAUUCGGCGUCAGCGGGGAGGACCAGGUCUCCCCCCGACCCCCCCUUCCCAGCAGCCCCCCCUCAACACUCCCUGACGGGGUCCCCCCAGGGGGGGAAAAACCACCAGAGGACAAGAAGAAGGAUUAACCAACCCCCCCACCCUCUUCCUCGCUCGGUUUUUACCAAACCCGGCGUCUCCGCCGGGCACCGGAUGGGGGGAGCGGCCGUGCCAGGUGGUGGCCCCGUCCCCCCCCCACCUCCAUUUCCCUUGGGUUGGGGGGGUGGGGGGGGCAGCCGCACGGGCCCCCUCCCCCCCAGGGAGUGGGGGUCCCCCCCACCCCCGUGUUUCACGUCCCCUGGUCCCGUCAGCGUUGUGCGCUCCAUCCCAUUGUGCCGGUGUGUAGGACAGUGUCGCGGCGUCGCCUCUUCCAUAAAGAGCUGAUUUAACCCCAAAA